AUGCACCAGCAUCCGCGAUCACCGUUGCCGGCACGACAGCCCAGCAUAUCAUCGCCGAGAUCAGGGAGAGCACAUGCUUUGAGAUCUCAGGAUGAUGACCGGCAGCCUUCCGGUCAGGCUUCGGACACAACAAGGGGCUUAGGAAUAGAGGCAGGAACCGACACCGCCGCUCCCGGGAAGGAAGCCAUGGCGAAGCUCAACCAGAUUGUAUCAAAUUACCACACCAAAGCUGCGUUGAUCAUACUCCACGCGAGAGCUGAACUCCCCCCAACCUUCAUCAAAGGAUCCGACACACCGAGAGUAAAUCGAUGGUUCAAUGUGGACCUGGACGAAACCGAUGAAUAUCGGGACAGUAUACGAAAAUGGAGAACGUGCGAUGCUACUGAUAAUAGGCCGCCACCCAUGAUCAUCGAAACGUUUCUCGAUGCAAAGUCUUUGACAAAUAGUCAGACCCUCGUUCUCAUAGACGAAAAUGGAAAACGCUGGGAUGUCGUGGGCGCUUUGGCAGCGUCGCAGAAUUCCACGGUGAGGGCCACACCAAAGGAAGUUGUUCUAGAAAGAUGGAAGGUUGAGCUGGGCGAGUCUUCCGCGAGACCACCCCCUGACUUGGGCUCUAUACUCCCGACUGUUUACAAGAAAAGUAUUGUCUUGUUUCGAUCGUUACAUGCAUAUGCGAGAUUAUUACCGGCUUGGAAGGUCGUCAAACGUGCCGGAAUCAUGCGCACAAACCCGGCCUUGAAGAUCAGAUAUCGGAUCCGUGAAGCUCGUAAUGCUGAUUUCACUUCGACCGACGAUAGCCUGACACUGUCUCUGCAAUCUGGAGUCGAUAAAGUCGUCGACACAUAUUCCUUUGGCACUACUGAUUCACCAGCCGGGCCCUUCUCAGUUCAAGUGACCUACCGCCUUAAUGUCGAUUUCCGAGUCGAUGAUUCAGAAUCACUUCUCAGUUCUCGCUUCAUGGGCGCCGAUGACAAUUACUUCUUGCCGUCUUUACCCUCUGAAGAACCAAGCAAGCCGCUAGCUCAAGAAUCCGGCUCCCUUCCCUCAGGGCGACGAGCUUUGGAAAACCCUGAUCGUUCUCAGGCCUAUGGUAGUCUCUCAACGUUCCAUCAAAUAGGGCCGACAACAGGUGCCAGUCCCAUAUCAACAUUACGAGCUGCCCGAGAUUUGGGGAGUACCUCUCCAUCCUCCGUUUCCCCUCCGCGAAAGCUGCUCUCUGCUGCUAAGCUAGGACCAGUAGGUCGCCUGGUUGGUGAGAGCACUAGCGGCAUGGUCAGACGCCCAUCGAUUUCAAUCCAGCCUUUCAAAGCUCCGCCACUGUCAGCAUCUCCUUCACUCGUGGACCCCCCUCUAGGUGCGUCCCCACGAGCAGGUUCUAGUCGUACAGGGAUAGCAUCAACUUUGAGCGACCCUCGAGCUAUGCCACCACCAACAGUGCCGGCCUCAGCAGGGCGCAAAACAGGUCUUGAACAAGCAAUACCAUCAUCCGCAUCCGUCUCCCCGAAACCUACUCCGAUUUCAAGGUAUAGCAGUUCUUUUAGUCAUCGACGUGGCAGGCUAUCAUCCGGCGGCAACACGCGUAUUGAAGAAGACAACAUUUCAAGUGGGAAAGCAAGCGCAACGUCUUCCGGUGCUCCCCCUGGCUCCGGAAUACUGGCCGAUCCCAGCGGCGCCAGUGGUGACUCCAUGCACACAGAUGAUGAGAAUAUAUCCGACUUCCUGAAGAUGCUUGACUUGAAGAAGGACCUACUGAAUCCUGUGAAAGCAGCUGCAGUUGAUGCUGCAACUCGAAGAACAUCUGCGGCAUUGACUCGGUUCCAGAGAAUGCGCGACACCAACGCUGCACUUUCUGACUCGAUGUCGUCCUCAUUCCUUCUCCACCGUUCCUCCAGUUCAUCUAGUCGGCAGUUAUCUAAUGUUCCACCGAUGGUUGCUGGCACAUCAAUAUCCACAGCUUCAUCUCCAGGAAAACCCUUUUCUCCUCAUACUCCUCAUGCACCAGCCAUACGAUCCCGAUUAAGUUCCAAUAAUAUUGUGAGCUAUGAUAGGGAGCGGGAGCCUUCUCCUCGGCAAGCAGAUGUUGAGCAAAAUUUCCAAACUGAAGUAAAUCAAAACGAGGAAACAUCGUAUCGCCCGACUCAACCAGGUGCGAAUGUGAUUGACAUUCCUAAAUCUCCCCGUUCUUGUGCACCCGUCUAUCGACGUUCGAGCUCUGCUUCUCAGAGUCGCCGUAUUAGUGCCGGGGGUGGUGGUGGUGACGAUGAGGAAAUAUUUCCCUUUGGAAUGCGGAGUCUUUCCCUAGGCGCAGAUGACAGGGCUCAUCUCAGCCUAGGUGCUCGAAUGCGACAACAAGAGUACGAGACUAUGGAUGCGAAUGGUGAACAGCAAAAUGCAGAGGCAGCCCAACCAUCUGAUGACGCCGGUAAUUCUGCAUCAUUUCCUUUCCGUGAAUUCAACCCGCAGCGUGGAGGAUUUGGAUCCAGUGCUGCUGCCACAUCGACAUCAUCAAACCACCCCUACCAAGCUCGCUUCUCUCACAGUCGAGGCCGAGGGUCUUCAGGAGGACCGCAAUCUCACAGUUCCACCUCCAGCAGUUUACCACGUGGCAGUGCCAUACCGGCACAUCUCACCGAGCGAGAACGAGAGCGCGAGGGCAGCGCAAGCGGAAGCGGAAGCAAUAGUGUCACGUCGCUCAUGGACAAUCGGCGUGGAACUAGCCGCCGCUCCAUCUCCGGACGCUCCCUAGCCCAACACACAGCAACGGCUUUUGAAGAGGAUGAGCCACUAUUAUUCGCAAUGAGCGACUUUGGUGCCUCACGACGGAGCCUUGAAGAAGGUAGGCGGACUAGUGUUGGAGAUUCAGGGGCAGCCUCUGGAGGAUCCAGAAGGGGUAGUGGACGACGAGGCGCCGGUAUGCCGAGCUUUCAUCCAUGGCAAUAA